ACAUCUUGGGCUCAAGGGGAUUGUAAGGAUGCCACAACCUCUGCAAUGAAGAGAUCUGAUCCGAGGAAGAAAAAAACCCAAACCUCUAAGGAAACAUCUACUGCUCCCAUGCUUCGCAAAGGAGGAAAAAAUUUAUCUAUGUUAAAAGCAGCAAUACAUCUCCCUUCCCCAGGCCCAUCCAAUGCAUGCUCAGAAGAAGACGAUGAGACACCGGUUGACGAAGAGGCCAUGGAAGACUUCAUACGCCAAGAGCAAGAAAGACGUUUAAAAUGGUCAAGGGUAGCAGCCAGGCGAAGAAGGGGGUUGGAAAAGAACAUUAGGGGUUGUCGUACCCGCAUCACUAUAAUUCAGCGACAGGAGGAAGCUCUUCAGCGACAGAAGGAAGCUCUCCAGCGACAGAUGGAGGUAUUGGUUCGGAACAGGGAAUCUUCUGUUGCCGAGUUACAACAAUCUGAGAUGUGCCUCAAUAAACUUAUUGAAAUUGGUUGCUAACUUGUUAAUAAAUUUCAUUCAAUACCUA